AUGGUCAAUAACAACAACAACAAUAACAUGGUUGUCUUUUUAAACUUGACUUGUGGUAACAGCCAUCAUGAAGAUGCUCAGCAUCAUCAUCAAGACCAGAAAGAGCCAAAUUCCACUCAUGAUUUAGCAGAAAUGAUGAUUUACGCCUAUGUAGAUGACUCACCUUCUGUUGCUGACUUGUUGUGGUCUAAACAACAGCUCAAUCAAGGCGAAUUUCUUAAGCUUACCGACGAGCAAGAAUGGUCUCAACUGCCUACAGUCGAUUAUUCAACUCACGAGCCUUAUUUCCUUUAA